CUAGAGGUCAUAAACUUUAUAUUCGUUAAAUGUGUAUUAGUAUGUCACACACCUUUGUCAUACACAUGUCAUACACCUUUUAGAGCUUCAACAGGAACUUUGGUAGUAACAAACAACAGCGACCAAUUACAAAGUUUUGUCGCGAUCAGUUUCAAGCAAGGUGUAAAACUUUCAAACAUGGAUCGGUUAGAUAAUCCGACCACUACAAUGUCUGCGACGAAACCAAAACCUGUAAGAAAAUGGGACAAUAUUUUAUGGAUCAUUCUCUCUGUGAUAACUCUGUACUACAGUGAUGUAAUUUCAGUUGUUAUCUAUAAUACAGAUAUAUCAGGGAUUUUCUUCUGUCUUGCCAUUGCAUUUGGUGCGAUGGCCUUGACUGUUUGUAUUCACUGUGUAUUUUGGGGUGGCAUUGUUAGAGGUAUGGACUGUGAUGGAUGGGAGAAGUUAUAUCCUCUUGGCGUUCCUAUUGCAACUGGUACUGCUGUGGCUUCUGCAAUCUGUUGGAAUUUUACUCUGUGGUCGGUUUAUGGGAUAAAGACUCCAGUUAUCGUUUUCAUUCUUACGAUGGGUUUCUUCAUGCUUCUAUCAAUCUUACCAAGCACACCUAAGAAAGAAGAACCUCGAUUUUACACGAAAAUUCAGCACAAAAGAGACUGAAAAGUUAAUUUUUUCCACCUAAGUGUCUUAAUUAUAUUAACAUUGUAUCCCAAAGCAUUUUGACCGUUCAAACUUGCAAGAAGUAUUUUGUUAUUGAAUAGCAAGACAGGACUUUUGCUACUGAUUUUAGUUUAUUAUCUCAAUGUAUCUCAGUUAUUUUAUGUCAAACUGAAUUGACCGUUGCACUGUAGCAUUAAUUUCAUUUGUUUUAUCAUUCGUUUCUAAUUCUUCAUGUUGUAUUUACUAUUUUUUUCAACAUAUGUAACAAGGUAUGUCUCUAUGCACAAACGUGUGUGUUAAAAAUUUUGGUUUGUGCAGAAAAUUUAAAAUUGAAUUUAUAGAUUCAAUUACCUCCUGAUUUGGUAAAUUUCACUUAAAUUAAUCUUAUAGAGAGAUUUAGCAUAACAAAGUAAAUUAUUUCAUUUUCUUUUAUUGUUGAAAUUUUGACGGACAUUAUUUAAUAAAAAAGAUUGGAUUUUCUGUAAAA